CUUUUGCAGCGAUUGCCGAACAUCAGUCAAUUUCGGUUAUAACGCGCUGGUGCGCGAAAAUAAUUGUGUCGAUUCGAAAGUCGUUUUAAUGUCGUUUUAUUUGUUAGAAAAUAAUUGUCUAUUAUCAGAAAAUAAUUUAUGUUAAAUUUUGUGUAAUCAAAGUUAAGUGAAAUAAGUAAGAUUUAAAAAAAAACAAAAAAAAAAUAUAAAAAGGUGUCCAAUUAGGUUUUCAAAACGCUGAUUGGCGGAGUAGUCUCUACUAAUCAAGGCAAUCAAUGGCUAAACCCUUUCAUUUACCGUUGCAAAAUGUGCGCAAGAAACUACAGCCCACUGUCGCUGCGCCUAGCAGCCUUGUUAUUGUUGUUGUGGUCAUUCUAGUACUGUUACCGCCAUUUUUCGCGCGCGCUUCAGCCUUUCACCAAUGCGGCGCCGACCACUUCGAGUGUCGAGACGGAAGUUGCAUCUUACAGGAGAAGAUGUGUGAUGGACGUCCCGAUUGUCUAGACAACUCGGACGAACUGGAUUGCGAGCGAAAAAUGUGCCGCAAGCCGAAUUGGUUCCAAUGCGCCAAACCUAAUGGGCCUUGCUUGUCAGCGCAGCUCAUUUGCAAUGGCAUCGAGAACUGUCCUGGUGGUGAAGAUGAAUUGGACUGUGUUAGCUCGUCAUCGUCUUCGUCGUGGAUGAAAGAUGAUGGUGUCGGAAGAGGUGACUCAGCUAGUGCUGAUGUUGGCACUGGUGGCUGGCAUUCGUCGAAACGGAAUUGCAGCACUUUCGAGUAUACCUGUAGCGCGGACAAGACCUGCAUUCCAUUAGAUUUUAUGUGCGAUGGUAAAAGCGAUUGCCACGAUCGGUCCGAUGAAGAGGAUGGUUGUGAGCGUGCAAGAACCAGUUGUGAGGGUUUCUUCUGCGACAAUAAAAAGUGUUUGGAGAGCAAAAAGUGGAUCUGUGAUGGUGUCGAUGAUUGUGGAGAUGGCAGUGAUGAACGAAAAUGUGGUUUGAAUUGUACUUUGGAGGAGGGAAAAUUUCUAUGUCGUGACAAUUCAAGCUGCUUAAUGAUCGACGCUGUUUGCAAUGGCAAGUCGGAAUGUGCGGAUGGUAGUGAUGAGUCGGACAUUUGUACUUCCGCCACCAACAAUUGCAGUACAAAGGCAUGUCCGCCUGCGUCGACUUGCAGAAUGCUCCCACAACAGGGUGCCCAGUGUAUUUGUCCCAAAGGUUAUCGCAUGUCAUUGCUGGAGAACGCUUGUAGGGACGUGGACGAGUGUUUGGAAAUGUAUGGGCUUUGCUCUCAAGGAUGUAUGAAUACGCGCGGCUCGUAUCGCUGUACCUGCAAUGAGGGUUACACACUAAAGGAUGAUAAUAGAACAUGCGAGGCGCAUGGUGGUGAUCCAUUGCUGCUCUACACCACGCAAAUAGCUGUAAUGGGUGUGCAUUUGAGAGAUAAAUUUGUCUAUGCGGUGGCAACAAAUUUAACGAAAGUGAUUGGUGUGGCUUUUGAUGGACAAAAUAUCUAUUGGACUAACAUACGAAAUGAAGCGGAGAGCAUUGUGAAGGCAAACGUGGAUGGUACCAAUCAUGAAAUAUUGCUCACCUCAGGUUUGGAUUCGCCUGAAGAUUUGGCCGUCGAUUGGCUGACAGGCAACAUCUACUUCUCGGACAACACCAUGCACCAUAUAGCUGUCUGCUCCAACAAUGGCCUCUACUGCACUGCGCUCGUCAGUGUGGACGUACACCAGCCGCGAGGCAUUGCGCUUUGGCCGCAACGAGGUCAAAUGUUCUGGACCGACUGGGGUGUGAAACCAAUGAUUGCGCGCGCAUCUAUGGACGGCAGCAACUCGCUGCCCCUUGUCACCGAUAACAUACACUGGCCGAAUGGAAUCGCCGUGGAUAUGCACAAUGAUCGCAUCUAUUGGGUCGAUGCCAAAUCGGCGUCAAUGGAAAGCAUGCGUUCCGAUGGCACCGAUCGCCGCCGCAUACUCGAUGGAAUAAUGAAACACCCGUAUGGUUUAGCCAUUUUUGAAGAUAAUAUCUACUGGUCGGAUUGGGGCACGAAAAGUGUGCAUAAGUGCAAUAAAUUCACCGGCAAGGGGCAUCAAGUGGUCGCUAAAGAUCGCACCAUCUAUGCGGUGCAUAUUUAUCACUCCGCCAAACAACCUAAAACCGAUCACGCUUGUAUGCGCAUGCGUUGCUCUCAUUUGUGUUUACUCGCCGAAAAUAAUAGCGCCACAUGCGCCUGUCCCGAUGGCAUGCAAUUGGUCGCCGAUCAUUUACGCUGCAUAAAGACACACAAGAAACAGCGUCUCUUUAUUGGUUUGAAAAACUCGUUACUCGAAAUGGAGCAUACGAAAUUUGGACGGCAUACAAUUUUGGAAACUCAUCAGCUGCCGGUGUAUAUUAGCCAAAUGGCGUAUAAUAAUGUGAAUGAGAAGGUAAUCAUUGCCGAUAAUGUGCAACGCGCCAUCUUCGAGUACGAUCUGCAGAGCAACAAUAUUUCGGUGCUGGUACGUGAGAAUAUCGGCAAUGUGACGGCGAUCGCAUUCGAUCACUUAGCGCACAAUGUUUACUGGACCGAUUCAGAGCGUCAUGUUGUGGAGGUCUACUCCAUGCAGUCACGCAAACGUGCCAUGGUUAGUUUCUUUGCCGGAUUAGAAGCGCCAAUUGCGCUCGCAUUAAUACCAGAGGAUGGCGUUAUGUUUGUUGCCCUACGCACACGCAAAAAGGUGCACAUAGAUCAACUGCCCCUCAGCGGACGCGGACCACACGCCCACCCAUUUGAAGAUGGGCUUGGCUAUAAUGAUUUUCAGUUUACCACCGACUUUGAGACGAAAACACUCUUUUGGUCUGAUAGUGAACUCGACCAGAUCUCCUUCACCAACUAUCGAGUUUUACAAGAUUACACUUUUCGUGCUCGACUCAAGCGUCCCUACUCACUCGCACUGGUCGAAGACGAUCUCUUCUGGUCGGAGGUGCGUUCCUCAGCCAUACACUGGACGCACAAACACAAUAUGGGUGGAGUGAAACGGUUUGAAAUUUCAAUGGCACAUCCAGCCUACACGCACGUAUUACCUGCACGCAUACCACUGUUGGCCAGCCAGCCAACCAGCACGUUGGAUCAUCCCUGCCAGCAUGGAAAUGGUGGCUGUUCACAUGUUUGUGUAACUGCCACAAAAUUUAUUAGCGCCUGCUUAUGCCCGGCGGGGCUUGUUUUUCGCGAUAUGGCCAACAACACUUGCAUUGAGUCGCUGGACUGUGAAUUCCGUUGCCGUUCGGGUGAGUGUCUGACACAAUCGCAUCGCUGUAAUGGACGCAAAGACUGCCCGGAUGGUUCGGAUGAGUUUGAUUGUGACCCGACGCGUAUUAAGCACCGCAAAGUUGUGUGUGAUAUUGGCGAAUAUGCGUGUCACGAUGCUACAGAGUGCAUAAAAAUGCAACAGCGCUGCGAUGGAGAGAAAAAUUGUCGCGAUGGGUCGGAUGAGACACACUGCGACAAAUUUGAUCAAGAGAAACGUUGCCACGUACAUCAACAUGCAUGCGAUAAUGGUAAUUGUGUAGAUCAGAGUGUCAUGUGUGAUGGCAUAGACGAUUGUGGCGAUCGCUCAGAUGAGUCCAACUGCAAACUGAAUACUGAUCAGACAUCCGGCGAUAUGCCUUUUUGUGCUGUCGAUAUGUUCCAAUGCAACACGGGCACUUGUAUCGCACAGAGCUGGGAAUGUGAUGGAAAAUUAGACUGCACAGAUGCAUCGGAUGAGCACGAAAAAUGCGACACCAAGGAAUGUCCACCCGAUAUGCACAAAUGCAUGCUUGGCCAGUGCAUUGAUCGACGCUUGAUCUGUGAUGGUCACAAUGACUGCGGCGACUUUUCGGACGAAAUGAAUUGCGAUUUUGCUACGGGCAAGCAACACAAUUUGACCUGCGGCUCGGCGACCCAACCGAUGUACCAGUGUACGAGCAAUACCAGCAUUUGCCUAGAGUUGAGCGUUCGCUGUAAUGGCACUGCCGAAUGUCCACGCGGUGAGGACGAAGAAAAGUGUGGCACGGUGUGUGGCAUAAACGAAUUCCAGUGCAAAUCUAAUAAAGAAUGUAUACGAUUGGAUUUUCGUUGCGAUCGCGAUAAGGACUGUACUGAUGGCUCAGACGAAAUGAAUUGUGAACAUUAUAAAAAUGCAUCCGUCGUCGGCAUAGUGAUGACCAAGCAGAAUGAACGUCCUUGCGAACCGAAUAUGUUCGAUUGCAAAGAUGGGAAAUGCGUAGAAAUGUCGCGCGUAUGUAAUAAUUUCGAAGACUGUGAUACGGGCGCUGAUGAAGGACCACUCUGCGAUACGUCUUGCACUUCCUUACCCAAUCAGCCGCUUUGCACGCAAAAAUGCCGUCCAACGCCAGUAGGUGCAGUUUGUUCAUGUUUUCCCGGUUAUCGAUUAGAUACGGAUCAGCGCACUUGCAUCGAUGUGAAUGAGUGUGAGGAAGGUGAGCCAUGCGCACAAAUUUGUGAGAACACACACGGUUCGUAUCGCUGCAAAUGCUAUCCAGACUUUAUGCUGCGCCCCGACAAGACCAGCUGUAAAUCAAUCGAAAGUCAAUCCGCGCUGAUGUUCUCCACCUACAAUGAAGUGCGCAGCAUAACGGAGCAGCCGAUCACGUUGAGGGUCGCAUGGGCGGUAAAUGACUCGAAAAUCGCUGGUUUCGAUUUGAAUGUACGUAAACGUAUGGCUUACUUUGCUACCGAUGUCGAAGAGGUGUUGUAUAAAGUCGAUAUAGAGAAUGGUGAGGUGAAGGCUGGCCUGUGGGUGCAGACACCAACAAAAGUGGCAGUGGACUGGAUCACGGAUAAUGUCUACGUCAUUACCCGCGCUGGAAAGUAUGGCAUCAAAGUGUGCUCCUUCGAUGCAAAAAUGUGCGGUCUCGUAGUUCAGGCCAACCCACGCGAAACCAUACGCGCGCUCGCAGUCGAUGCGCUAAGUCGUCACCUCUUCUAUGCCACCGUACGCGCACAAUCCUUUGACACACCUGUUUCUGAGCUCCACAUGGCCCACUUGGAUGGCAAGAAGCCUGUAUCACUGUUGCGAAAACGUGAUGCUUACAUCACCGCCUUAGCCUGCGAUCCUUACAAACGUGCACUCUACUUUGUGGAUAUGCAUUCGAAAACACUGCAAGUAAUGGGUUAUCGCACGGAUAGCUUACGCAUUCCACGCACAAUCAUACAAAAGGGUAAUGUCAUUAUGCAUCCAUCGGGUCUUUCAAUCUAUGAGAAUCAAGCGUUCAUUGUGAAUAUCGGUUCCAAGGAAGCGGUGCAUUGUCAGCUUUUUGGUGCACAUAACUGCAAAGCUUUCAAUUUGAAUAUUCUUAACGCUGAGGAUGUUGUGGUGGAUGGUGUAACGCGUCAACCGCUCGCCACAAAUCCCUGCAACAUGGCCAAGUGUCAUGGUAUGUGUAUACAGGCCGAUUAUGGCUAUGAGUGUAUGUGUGGUGAUGCUAUUGUGGCCGAACAUGUUCACUGUCCGAAGGCAGCGACCAAUGAGAUCUUGUCCAGCGCUUUGCUUGGUGGAAUGCUGUAUGCUGAUGACGAGAAGUCUACUCCCAUUGCUGCAGUUAUGACCAUUCUGAUUUUGUUAAUAUUAGCUAUGCUAUGCGCAGGCGUUGGGUACUUGUACUAUCGUCGCGCUUUUCAAGGUCAUCGCGAUUUCAAUAUCAACCUGCAUUUCCAGAAUCCAUUAUCUGCGUUCUCCAGCAUCGGUGCAGGCAGUGGUAAGUCUGCAGGCGGCAUGCAGCACCAAAGCGGCAUCAUCAGCACAACUGCCUCUUUUGAUGGAGACACCCAAAACAAUGUCAGCAGCGGCAAUGCAGAAGGAGGAGAAGCAAACGAGAAGAAGCAAUAUGUUCCGCCGAUCUAUAGAUUUCUGCGAAGUUCCAGAAACGGUUCGCUCUCGGGUGCGGAGAUUCUUCUCGAAGAUGCGUCGCCGCCCCACGAAUCAGAGGAAUUGGCAACAGCUGAACGAACACCCAGUGUCCUGGUGGAGGCAGAACCUUUUUACACAACCCGAAUUUGCCACGAUGAUGAUGAUGCAAGAACAAAACUUGUCUCCUAAGUAUUGAUUGAUACCACAAACAGUUUUUUAAAGCAGCUAUAAAUAUUUGCAUCUUUUGUUAUUUAUUAUUUUUUAUUAGAACUCGUAUUUUUGCAUGUAUUUAAUUAUUUAUUGUAGUGGUUUGUAGGUUAUUGUAAAAAACAAAAACAAUGUAAAUAAGAAACUUUGCUCCUGAACUUUGUAAAUAUGUAAAAUGUUACUGUACAAACUGUCAAUCAACCACAUAUGUAUAUAUGUGUACAUAUGUAUUAACAUCUGAGUAAUUGUUGGAUAUUCUUUACCAAAAAUUUUGUUAUAAAUAGUCAUUCGGAAAAUUAAGAAUGCUUGUAUUUUUUUCAAAUAUCAGCUACAGAUUUUUAUUUAAUGCCACAAA